AUGACCCUGCUCGUCUUGGCGCUGCUUAUUCUCCCCAGCUACGCUCAGGAUGUCAUUAAUGCGUUUUCGAGUAGAUACGGAUAUUACGGGCCGGCUUGUGCGGUGGAGGUGGGCCAACUUUUCAUUCACGGCGUGUUGAGCCGGAAUCUCACUUCAAAAGAAGCCGGCGAGUUUCAGAAGUAUCAAGAAGGGGUGCAAAAUUUCCAAAAAUCAAGCGGGAAUGGCCAACUUGCCGACGCACCCGUAAUCCCAGAAUUCUGCGGUCGACUUGAUGAUGCCAUUGAAUUGGUCUUAAAAGACUGUAUAGUCCGGAAUUCCCACGUCUACAUUGGUGAUACAUUGUUGAGACCGUUAAGCAAUAAGGAAAAACAGAUGGUUGCCACCACGAUAAACCGAAGGAGCUCCCGCGUUUUCGUGGCCCGCCAGCAUUACCUACGUCGCCACAGGACCCGCCGCACUCGACGAUCAGCCCAAAUGCCCACUGAGAACAUUUCUGACAUCAUUCAUCGCUUCUUGAAGAUAAAUUCUUCAAUCACAGCCCGUUUCCUGCCAGUGGUCGGUGAUCCGGCUUUUGGGAACAGUCUGGGAGGCUGGGAUCCGAUGGUUCGAAAAGCAAUUGAAGUGCCGGAAGCUUCAGCUAAUAUUCCAUAUUCGGUGGCGCCGACCUCCCUGCCGAUAACUCCGGAGCACAACACAUUUGCACCACAUCCGAGUCGACCGGAAAAGGUUCAGACGGUCGUUCCAACACGUCCAACACCCUCAACCGAAGCUCCUCCAACUUCGGCAAGCUCCUUU